UCACAUUCAAACCAUAAUAAAAUACUCUAUCGAUUGAAAAAUGUAGUUAUGGAUUUCUAAAGGAAAUUGAGAGAGAAUGCAAAUUAAAAAAUAAAGAUUUUCUUUCCACAAAACAUGAAGAAAAACCAAACAAAAAAAACCAAUAAACCUCCAAAUUCAAACCAUAAUUUAAAAACUCCCUCUGUUUUAGAAAAUGUAGGUUUCUUUGACUUUAAUGCCCACUCAGAAUGAGUCGAGUUGUCCACUCUUAAUCGAUAAAACCAGUGCGCGCUCUAAAUGAAUCCACCCAAAGGUCUUUCUGAAUUCUCUGGAUGAAUCCAACUAAUCCUUACUCUACAUGAAUUCAACCAGUGCUGUAUCAUGAAGGAUCAUGAAUAUAAAAUUAGAAACACCAGCCUGUCUGUUUUGUCUUGUUGGCUUAAUUAAGUCAGUUAAUUUACUUGGCAGUUUUCAGUUUUGGCUUAAUUUUUCUUUAUUAAUAAAUAUUUUGAUUCCUUCCUGACAGAAGUGAAACUAAAGCUUUCAAAAUAUCCAGACAAAAUGUUCCAAGAAUGCCACCCAUCUAACAUCAACAACCCUUCCUGUCCUUUUAUCUGCUUGGAUCAUCUACCCUUAUUUUAAGAGAGUGUAAUACACUAGAGGUUAUACAGAAUACUUGUGAAGUGGCUCACCUUAUAAAACACUGUACCGCCAGGUUCUAUGGCAUCUAGUCUUAUUUUGGAGAGAUGCUUUUCAAACUACUAUAAGCAAACUUUCCUACCUAAUAUCAGUUUAACUCUGUUUGGUGAUAUUUAACUACAAACACUGUUGGCUAGCUUUGUGCCUUUGAAACAGUAGACCAAAUGUUAUGCAAGCUCCACCUAAAUGUGUUUUUACUGAAUUUUACGGACACACUGCAUGAGCAAAUGUUCGUGUUAGCUUCAGUCUGAGCUGUAGGUUUUCUGGCUACACAAACUCGACAUCUGAGAUGGAAUGCUUUUAAUUACUUCCGAUUUUACAGAAUUAAUAACGGCACAUAACAUGGGCUACUUGUUGAGGUACAAUCAAAUUGAAAACCUGUUUAGAGUUAAAACGGCAUGAAGUAGCAAAAAUGAACCAACCAGUACUUACAGGGUGGUAGAAAAAGACGAGUAAGACUAUUUAAAUGUGCUGCGGCAAAAAACGAAUGAAUUAGAAGGGGGUGUGAGAUUGGAGGUUAUUUCUCACCAUGGUUUGUUAUAUUGAAUAGUUAAAUGUGUUUUUCCAGAUUUAAUAACGAGCGGUUUACAGUAGCAGAGCGCCGUUGAGACGAACCAAAGAUGCUAAAGCUCCAGUUCGCCCAGCUAACCCUUUAGCUGCCAACUGAGAGUGACUAUUAAAAAAAGAAAAAAAAUUAAAUAGAUUGAACUGUAGUUGGAAUCGGGGGAGACAAUUCCGGACUCGACUUGUACUACAAACUCUAACUUUUGCUUUUAAUCUCUAAUUCUAACACGUCUCUCUUGAAAAAGAGUCUCUCCUUUUUAGCAUGUCUCCCUACAGGUUUCUGCCCUAAGUGCCAAAUCUGACCUGGCAGAAAAAACAGACCUGUCCACUCUGAGGAUGUGGCUGUAAGAGAGAUACUGAAGACCCUCAGAGUGAAGCCUGAAGAGUGGGAGAAGGGCCAGUAUGGCUGUGUGGUCUGGCAUUGCAGCACACAGAGCGUCAAGAAUCAAACUGAGGAGGACAUCAGGACUGUGGUAUAAUUAAUUGUUGUAAGAAUACAGUGAAGGAAGGAUGAAUCUAUUUUAAUGUGUGUGUAUGCUCUCACCAGCUGAACCUCACUGUAACUAAGCCUUCAUCUUGGCAUCUGUGAUGUUCUUUCUCAUUCCUUUUUGUAUUGUGAUGAUGAGGAUGCAUCUUUACCCCGGUAGUAGGCUUCAUCUCUCCCGUGACUGUUCAUAUGUUUCUGUCUAAGGUUGAUGGCCUGUUAACAAGCUUAAGGCAGCUUUACAGUGUUAUUCUGUAAAUGUUUAUUACAGUUUCAUUUUUCCAGUUGGAAUUGGCGUAACAGUGGACCGAGCAGGAUUGUUGUGCUAAACCAUUCUUGUCAGCGCAAAACAUUUCUACACCACCUUGUACACGGUGACGAGAGCCUCGUGCCAGCCUGAGUUCACGGCCGUGUCGUUUGUUAACGAGUGGCAGAUUACUCGCUAUGACAGCCAGAAUAAGACACUGACCGCCAUGCACUCCUGGGUAAGGGCAGCUUUGAGUGACCAACACUGGGAGAAGUACAAGGAGACACACUUAUCAGAAUAUUCAAGACUGCGAGAAGAACUAAACGCCAAAAUGAGGAGCUUAGGACACGUCAACGAUAUUCACACGUUUCAGAGGAGGUCCGGCUGUGAGUGGGACGAUGUGACGGGUCUCUCUAAAGGCUUUGACGAAUAUGGAUAUGAUGGAGAGGAUUUUAUAUCACUGGAUCUGAACCAGAUGAGAUACGUCCCUCACACAACACAGGCUAACAUCACGGCUGAGAGGUGGAACAGAGACGGAGCUCUGAUUCAGUCUCAGAGCAGCUACCACACCCGCGAGUGCGUGAACUGGCUGAAGAGGUUCGGGAAGACCAACCUGGAGCAAACAGGAAGCAUCUCGUUCUUCCAGAGGACGUCCUUCUCCCCUGUGGUCUGCCACGUCGCUGGUUUCUGUCCCAGCGCAAUGAAGAUCUCGUGGCGCAAAGAUGGAAAAGACAUGAAGGAAAAUGUCAGAAUUGGAGCCGCUUUGCCCGACGGUGAAGGAACAUACCUGAGAAACGUUUCCCUCAACAUCACUGAGCUGGACUCAAACACGUUCACCUGUGUGGUGGGAAACACCUCCAGAGAUUUGGACAAGCGUCAGCUGAAGUCUGAGAGCGAUUCCCAUCCGGCUUGGAUUCCUGUUGUUGUUGUUGUUGUUGUUGUUGUUGUUGUUUGCAUUGGUUUAAUUGUAUGUGGCGUUUCCUGGUAUUGUAAGAAGCAGCAGCGGUCUGUACAGUACAGUACAGUACAGCAGCGACCAGCAGCGAUGCAGCUGUCAGCGCUGCAGACUGACGAUCAUUGAGAGGUCAUCAGAACUUCAGAACCCUCGGUCCUGCUGUCGCAACAACGGAACAGCUCACGCGUGUCGGGCUGCUUUCAGCCUGUGUUGGUUUAUGUUACUGGGCAGCCAGUUGGGGCACUGUAAUACUGUAAUAACAUUAAUUUACACAGUUAAAAAAAAAGAUGGCUUUUCAAAGGUUCUUUAGUAAAGAAACUGGUUCUAUGUAGGACCAUGAACACUCAAAGAACCUUUUGCAUGAUGGCAAGGGUUCUUUGCAUUGUGAAAGGGUUCUUCAGAUUGAAGAAGAACGUGCUGGACAUGGUAGAUGGACAUUUUUGGAAAGCGGCUACAUAUAGCACCAAAAAGGGUUCUAUUGGUACAAGUUCGACAGAACAAAAGAACUAUAUAUUCUAUAUAAUUAUUAUUUUUAUAUAUAUAUAUAUAUUUUAUCCUUCAUUUUACUACAUACUACUACUCUGAAAAAAUAUAAUUAGCAUAAAAGGGCUCUAUUUUUAUUCAUUUUCUCUCCUCUUGGAUUUAUACUGAGUGCUAAAGUGCUAGGCCUUGGAAUGUUUCAUCAGAGCCACAACGCUUAAAAUCAAUGGAAACUGAAAAAUAAAGUCAAAUAUUGAAAGAUA